AUGGAUGACAGAGCAGACUCUCUGACAGUGCAUCUCCUUGCCAAUUCGGGACAUUCACUGCUUCUGCAGCAAACUCUGGAUCGGCUUUUAGAGUGGAUCUGCCUGGACAUGCGCCUUUUCCUGGUGUCCGAGCGGGUUACUCCACUGAAUCGGAAGAGAAGCUGUGGCUUUCCUGGAAUAUCUGUUCUCCUUUUUCUACAUGAGGACUUGGGAGAAGAACGGAUUUUCCAGGUCCAUGAGCAAUUCCAGCAUCCGCCCUGGCGCUACCGCUGUGCCCAGAUUGCUAAUGGGCAAAGCUACCCCUAUUGCCUCGCUCACCAGGACUUCUACAGCCUGGAUGACCAGAUGCCUGUGUGGGGCAUCAGGCGGGUGCACUGUGGCCCCGAAAUCCUGCGUGUCACCCUCUACUGCAGUUUUGACAACUAUGAGGAUGCAGUGAGACUCUAUGAGAUGAUCCUACAGAAAGAAGCAACCAUGCAGAAAAGUAACUUCUGUGUCUUUGUGUUGUAUGCAACCCACAGCAUUGCUGUGCAGCUCUGCUUGAAGCAGCUGCCCAUCGGGGUGGCUGCUGAGCCAAAGGAGUCAUCAGCCUUGCAGUUCAAGGUGCAGGAAAUAGGGCAGUUGGUGCCUCUCCUGCCUAACCCAUGUAGUCCCAUCAGUAGCAACAGGUGGCAAACGCAAGACUAUGAAGGAAAUACAAUUCUGCUUCAGGUCCAGGAGAGCUCCAAGCCCUGUGAAACAAAUGUUCAACUUUCCCAUCGGCAUAAUAAUGCGGGCAGUGACAAAACCCUGCAGGACUCUGUCACAGCCCCUCUCCCUGUCAGACGGGGUAACCCUGGGCGGAGAAGCCAGGAGGUCAGAGCCACGAAGGGCAGAACAAAACCUGACCAGAGGAAACCCCUUACUCCUGACCCAGCCAGCGGUGAUCUCCACAGGCACUUCUGCUCUUCUCUCGGUGCUGCAGCAGCCUGGCCGUGGUGGGAAGCCACGUCCCUGCGCAG